GGGCCCCGCACGGGCACGCGGCCCCGAAAAAGAGCAGGCGUGGGCAGCCUGAGCCUUGGCAGUACUUGGCUCGACCCUCAAGUACUCCACAAAACGACAGUGUACGAACACAGGGAUUGCAGCAGGCACUGACAUGGAUGCGAACCGCACGGUGGCUUUCUUCUGCAGCGAAUCGACGGGGCACGUGAAUCCCAUAUUGGGCGUGGCGGAUGCCAUGACAAAGCAAGGCUGGGAGGUACACUUCUAUGUGCCUCAGGUUUGCAAGCAGUUGGUUGAAGGUGUUGGCGCCAAGUGGCAGCCCAUGGGACACGAUGACUUGACCAUUGAGGAUGCCGCAGUGGAUGCCAUCACGAACAAGUUGGGGAUGGACAUGACUGCAGACAUUCAUGUCAACGUGCUGCCUUUCAGGGUGGUGCCGGCCACCCUGACCGUGCCGCCGUACCUCUUGAAGAGCGUAUCGCGGCUCUCGCCGCGGUUCGUGGUCUUCGAUGCUUGCGCACCCUGGGGCCUCAUCCUGUCGCAGGUUCUUCGUGUAUCCGUCGUGAGCUGCAUGCCAGCGCUUUCGACGCCAGCGGCUGAGCGAGACAAUAGUUUUGGACGCCACGAGCGCUGCCCUCAAAGCAGAGUACCAGGUGGAUUUCAAUCACAAUCACUCCUACCAGCUCUAUGCACCGUACAGCAUGAUCACUUCUUCCCGCUGCUGGCAUCUUGCUCAUGAAGAGUUCGCGCGUGAUCAACUCCACUACUGGGGUGCACUUACUCAAGAGGCUUGCGCCAUUCCGCC